AUGGACUCCUGGUCAACGUCAUCCCCAUUCUCGACAGACUCUACAAUACCCUCUUCUCCUGAAAGAUCCGGCGGCAACAACGGCAAUCGUAACACGUCCUCCGGCCCGUGCCCACCACCUGUCUUCCCUGCCACCUCUGGCUAUCCAUUCAUGCAGGGCAUGCAGGCCCUCCUCAGUAACCUUGCUGGAUCGUCACCGUUCGGUUCAGGUUCCUUUUCGGCCUCACCGGGGGGCGUUCAACCUAAUGCCAAUAAGGCCAUUACGAACGAUGCCAAGUCAGCUCUCCCAGUGAACAUUCAGCAGCGCGUCGGCGUCCAGUCCGUUCCUCCUCCGAGCAUGACCUCCUCAGCGCAUGGAGGCUCGCGAACGGAGCCACCGAAACGCAUUUACGACGUCGAGGGCCUCACGCUCUCGACCCCCACCAUCGAUGACGUUGCAUCGUCAUACCCUGCACGCAACAAGAUUCUGCUGCAGGGCGACCCCCAGCACAUCCAAAAACAGCGUGUCGAGACCGCCAUCCGUGUAAUCAUUGACAUUCUCCGCACCAUCCCUCCGUCUCCCUCCAAUCCUAAUGUCUCCCCCUCCAUCGCGACUCUUCUUCCCCAAGACCCCGCCGGCAAUAUCCUCGCCUCUUUUGAGCGCUUAGCGAACUUUCGAGGACUGCGCCUGCAGGCAGGAACGACGACCAAGGCGAGCUCGAAGAAGCAACUCGCCGCCGGAGCGGUGCCUGCGCACCAGCUGGCGUAUCUGGAGACUGCGGUCUACAUGAGCGGAGAGAAUGGCAAGCGUGUGUAUGCUUGUAAGCGGUGCCGUGGGCGCGAGGAGAGGCGGCGAAUGAACAAGGACGCCGCUCGCAAGAAGCAGAUCACGCCCGCCGUUGAUCCGACCACACCAGCUCCGCAGCCGAAGCCGUCACAGCACCCUCCGACGGAGGACUACAUCACGGGUGUCAACUCGGCCCAGUACGACCCCCACCGCGUCACGCAGGUAGUUGAGGAACCGCCGUGGGAUCCGGCGGUCCCCGACUGGCGACAUGAGAUCGUUCUAUUCAACUCGGCUCCGGAGAUGCCCAUGAAGGAUGGCAGCUGCUAUUGGCUCCCAUUCCGCGUCAUCUGCUACUGCAAGUGUCACGGCGAGAAGGUCGGAUUCCGCAUCAAGUUCACCCUUCGCACUUUUGACGGCCGGAUCAUCGCCUCGGAGAUGACGAAUCCGAUCAAGAUCACCGAUGACCACAAGACCGACGCAAAGUCUAAGCCUCGCGCGGACCGUCUGGCGUCUGCGACUCCGGCGCCUUCGCGCCCGCGCAAGGGCCGCAUGAGCACCGCGUCUUCGCAGCGGCAAUCGCCCGCUCCGUCUGAGAGCGAGAUGAGUGUCGCAUCUGAGGUUGGUCCUAGCGUCCAGAAGCAGACUCCUCAGGUACGCCAGAACAAGCCUUACGAUCGUCCGCCUUCGCAAUCGCCCGCCGUCCAGUCCUCAAACCUUCCUCCGUUUGACUUCAUGUCUCAGAUCAACAAUGAGCGACCAAGGCUCUCGCGAGAGCCGUCUGCGUCGUCUUAUGCGUCACCAGCGGACAUCACGAACUGGACCGACGCACUGCAGCAGGUGACUGUCAGCCCUGACGCACUCCGACGACCUGACUUUGCGGGAUUGACGGCGCUGAACCUCAACGCUCACAACAUGGGUGUGAAUGGUGUGAAUGGUCACGCCAACGGCCAGCGCAUGGGAAGCACAGACUUUGGUACCAUGCCCAACGGUCUUGGUGGCACCGGUGUCUCACAUCAGAACGAUCUCUACGGCAGCGGUCUCAACUCGAACAGUCUCACCUCUGGCAGCCUGAACUCGGCGGGCAGCCCCCUCGACCUGUCGUCCCUGAGUGCAGGUAUGCCUUCUGUGCAGCCCAUGAUGUUCGGCAACAACAACAGGAACGGUGCGAACGAUGUCGACAUGGGAAAUAAUGUGAACCUCGAGAACAUGCUCUUCAACCCCGGUCACUCGACGCAGAACUCGAUCUCUUCGAGUUAUCAGGACGACCAGUCUUCCGUGUUCUCUGGAUUCCAGCAGGGCAGCCUGUACAGCGAGAGCGGAUUGCCUCCGGAGAGCGCCCUCGACGACAUGAUCGACUACUCGGGCGGCGAGAGCACGGGGGCUGUCAGCCCGAUGCAGCACCUCAAUCUCUCCCCGACCGCGCCCAUGGGCCAGCUCGACCUUUCGGGAGUCAACGGCCACCAGUCGCCGUACGGACAAGCUAGUGGCUUGCCUCCUGCGGCGACUCAGGCCGAAGCCGAGGCUCAGACUCGCGCCCUGCUCCAGAUGCUUGGUCGCCCGCAACAGCCAUCUGUACCCACUCCGACUGUGUCCCACGUCAUUCCUGCCGAGGGAGACAUGGCGGGUGGAACCCCUGUUGCUAUCGCUGGCUCCGGCUUCACUCGCGAGACUGUCAUUGUGUUUGGUGGACGUCCCGCGACUACUUCGUUCGUGUCCGACUCCUUCCUGCAGUGCACGCUCCCCCCUAGCCCGGUUCCUGGAGAGGUGCCCGUCACGGUCCAGAACGUCACUGCUGUGUCGGUUGGACCGGGCAUGAUGUUCAAGUACACCGGUAUGGACAAGGAGAUGAUGCGCCUCAUGCUUGAAGUUCGUCAGCUUCAUGGCUCACAGGACCCCGCCGUCCGCCUCGUCGAUCACAUCGCCCGCUCAAACCACAACAGCGACAUGUCCGACCGCUCCAGCCCCAACGGCAACAACUCGUCGCCGUUUGACUCGGACGCUCCUAAGAAGGCUCGCCGUCCGUCUGCCCCGAAGAAGGACCUGCAGACUACGCUUAUCGAGUGUCUGGAGAUCAUGGAUGAGUCGUCGCCUGGCUCGCUCCGCCGCUCCGGUGUCGUCAACCACGCCAACAAGGCUCAGCAGACCCUUCUGCACGUUGCUGCCGUCAUGGGUUUCCACCGCCUCCUUCGCCGCCUGGUCGUUGUCGGUGCGCACCUCAACACCCAGGACAUCAACGGAUUCACUCCUCUCGCGUUUGCCGCUCUUUGCGGACAGCCGCAGUGCGCGCGCGUGCUCCUCGAGGCUGGUGCUUCGUACGACGUUCCGACCUCGCUCGGCGAGAUGCCUUUGGACCUUGCCAAGCUCGCCGAUGGCAACCCUGUCGAGAGCAUCCUGCUCUCUGCCGUCUGGGCCACCGCUGUUCCCGAGGAGGAGGACGACCAUGCUUCCAUCAUGUCGUUCGACGACAAGAGCGAGAUCGACGACGACAACCCGAGCUCGGACGACUCGGACGGUGCUAACAGCACGUCGGACGCUAGCCGCAUUCUCCGCCAGCGCAGGAUCUCCCGCAAGGCGAAGAGCAGGGCGAAGCGCAGGAUGUCGUCGGUGCAACACACUGUCAACCACCGCCGUGCUACCCACGAGGACAUCACCCACGACGUCGACGGAACGGUUAUCCCUAUGCCUCACGAAGACCCGCCUCCUUACACGCCCCCGAACCAGCCCUCGUGGAUGUCGAGGACCAUCUCGAACAUCUCGCACCCGAUCCAGGACAAGGUUCUGCACAACUUGCCGUUCUUCAACGGGGACAAGGUCUCUCUUCCAAAUGGCUGGGUUGCUUUCCCGGCUCCUCCCUCUUGGGACACCCUGAAGAACAUCACCAAUCCGGAGGACAUCAAGCUUUUCACCCAGGCAAUGGCGGCUGCGGCCUUCAACGCUGUCGUGCAGUCUGGCGCCACUACGUCUUCCAAGCUCGACGAGAGCUCCCCGUCGACUCGCUCUCCCAAGAAGUGGCGUCGUCGCCGCUCCAGCGUCGACUCGCGCUCGUCGCGUGACAUUCAGGCGACUCAGGUCGUGAAGCAGGUCAAGCAGGACCGGAUGCUCUACUUGUUCUGGCUCCCCGUUCUGCUGUUCGUCGGCUUCUGGCUGCUGGUGACUGCGCUGCCCAUCGCUACCGGCUUUUGCUUACUCUACGCUCGGCAGAUCAGUCGCGCGAUCAAGCAGCGCCUAUAA